UCAUUUAUUCCUUUGCUUUCUAUUUUAUGCCACUAUUCUAUUCCUUUAUUAUAAUCCAUCCAACCCAUUUCUUUAGAAAUUCUCAUUCUUUGCAGUGAAGACUCAGUACUAAAACUUUGUUAUUUAUGUAACACUUCCCCAUGUUUUUGUGUAUCAAAUAACAAAAGUUCAAGCUCAACAUAGAAGGUAACUACAGUGCAGUCUUGUCCUGUUUCUUUGUGUGUUUGUGUUUUUGUGAUUCAUUAACAAAAGGCUCGAGCUCAACAAACAUAGAGGGGCACGCAGUCUUGUUUUUCUUUCGUGUCUGAGAGAGAGAGAGAGAGAGAGAGAGAGAGAGAGAGAGGAGGUGAUCAUGGAAGAGGGUGGGAAUAACAUGGAGGUAACCCAUGAGAGCAGAAGAGAGAAUUUUGUGCCACAGGAUGUUGAAUCGGCAACCAGAAGUGACAUGUCAUCUGGGUCUUGGAGGCUCAGUGUGCCAGAGUUUCCUACACUGGAUGAAAGAAGAGAUGGUGAUGAACAUGGUUUCUUCACUCUCAGCAGCCUUCUUCAUGUCCCAAGGAAACGAAGCAAGGUUGCUGAUUAUUAUAAGAAACAAGGAAGACUCCUUGAAGGGUAUACGGAGAUGGAGACCAUGGCUGAAAAUGGUUAUAUGCAUGGAAGUCUAACAGAGGAUGAGUUGCAGCAGCUUGCAAAGAAUGAGAGGAUGGCUAUCUAUGUAUCAAACAUGGCUAAUGUCGUGCUCUUUGCAGCAAAACUCUAUGUUUCUAUUCAGAGCAGAUCAUUAGCGGUUAUUGCCUCAACAUUGGAUUCACUUUUAGAUCUCUUGUCAGGCUUUAUAUUGUGGUUCACGGCCCAUGCCAUGAGAAAUCCAAACCAGUAUCGUUAUCCAAUCGGAAAGAACCGGAUGCAGCCAGUGGGAAUCAUUGUUUUUGCUUCAGUAAUGGCAACUCUUGGAUUACAAAUUCUGCUCGAGUCUGGUCGGCAAUUCAUUGCACAGACCCAGCCUGAAAGGGAUCCUCAGAAGGAGAAAUGGAUGAUUGGAAUAAUGGUCUGUGUGACCAUAGUGAAGUUUAUGCUCAUGGUCUAUUGUCGAAGAUUUAAAAAUGAAAUUAUUAAAGCCUAUGCUCAAGAUCAUUUUUUCGACGUUAUUACUAAUUCAAUUGGUUUGGCAGCAGCCGUCCUGGCCAUUCGAUAUUAUUGGUGGAUUGAUCCUACUGGAGCUGUUAUAAUAGCAUUAUAUACAAUGAAUAUAUGGACGAAGACAGUCCUUGAGAAUGUCCGGGCACUAAUUGGAAGGACAGCACCACCUGAAUUUUUGGCAAAGCUAACAUAUCUGAUAUGGAACCACCAUGAAAAUAUCAAGCACAUUGACACAGUAAGAGCAUACACUUUCGGUACAAAUUAUUUAGUGGAAGUUGACAUAGUUUUGCCACAAGACAUGCAUUUGAACAAAGCUCAUAAUAUCGGUGAGUCACUUCAAGUGAAACUCGAGCAACUCCCAGAAAUUGAGCGAGCUUUUGUACAUAUAGAUUUUGAGUAUUCUCAUAGACCAGAACAUAACAUUGCGGUUUGAUGAAAAUGAUGAUGAUGACAAUAGUAAUGAUCAGAACUCAGCCUCUCUAGAGCAAAACGGUAUUUGAAUGAGUUGCUAAUUUAGUUAAUAUGUGAUGCACUUUUAUUGUAAUGCCAGAUUAUGGAAUUUACCAUCUGAUGGCUUAAUGCCACUAAUCGUGAGGUAUCCCUCUUAUUAUUUAGUAGAUGGAGCUUCAUUAGACAGUUGAUCUUGUACUAGACCUUUGAUAUGCAACCAUUUUCCUUUAAUGCAAGAUGCUAAUAAUUUGGAUAGCAUGAA